AGGAUAAUAUAUCCCGGGUACUCCCACAAAUGUUGUGUAAUGGACUUGUCCAACGCGUGGACGCUACCAAUGCCAAUCGAAGGGAGAGUAAUAUGGGGCGGUAAAAUUAGAAAGACCGUUUGAACCCCCAGUGAGAAGGGGUCACGUUCAGGAUGGUACGGUCCAACGAGGGCCGCCACAUCAGCGCUCGCUCUCUUUCACGUGGUCGGAAGAGCACUUCUGAGGGAGGUUUCCAGGCGCUGGGAACAGGGACGUGUGACCGCCAUGACACUAGAGGCAAAAACAGAUAAAGAAAGCAGCCACUGAACCGCUGAAGGGGUCCUGAGAUAAGAAGUCUAAUUAAUAAGACUGUUGAGAACAUGUGACUUGGCAAAGCCUCCAGUAAUUGAGCCAAAGGAUCCGGAACAGCUGCUAAUGCAGACGCCCCAGGGAAACCCGCUGCUGCUUUCCCACACCCUACAAGAGCUGUUGAGCAAGGACACUGUGCAGGUGGAGCUUAUACCUGAGAAGAAGGGCCUCUUUCUGAAACAUGUGGAGUAUGAAGUUUCCAGCAAGCGCUUCAAGUGCUCUGUGUACAGGCGAUACAAUGACUUUGUGGUAUUCCAUGAGAUGCUGCUUCAGAAGUUCCCAUAUCGUAUGGUGCCUGCACUUCCUCCAAAGAGAAUGCUGGGAGCUGACCGAGAAUUCAUAGAGUCUAGGCGGCGGGCUCUGAAGCGUUUCAUUAAUCUGGUGGCUCGACAUCCCCCUUUCUCAGAAGACGUGCUCCUGAAGCUCUUUCUCUCCUUUAGUGGCUCGGAUGUGCAGAACAAGCUGAGGGAGUUGGUCCAAGGUGUGGGAGACGAGUUCAUGACUUGUCAACUAGCCACCAGGGCCAAGGACUUCCUCCCAGCCGACAUCCAGGCCCAAUUUGCUGCCAGUCGAGAGCUUAUCCGAAACAUCUACAACAGCUUCUACAAACUGCGGGACCGUGCGGAAAGAAUAGCUUCCCGAGCCAUUGAUAAUGCCGCAGAUCUUCUCAUAUUUGGAAAGGAACUAAGUGCUUUGGGCUCAGACACUACACCACUUCCCUCCUGGGCUGCUCUGAACAAUAGCACGUGGGGGACUCUGAAACAGGCCUUGAAAGGCUUGUCUGUCGAAUUUGCGCUGUUGGCCGAUAAGGCUGUACAGCAGGGAAAACAGGAAGAGAGUGAUGUGGUGGAGAAGCUGAACCUUUUCCUGGAUUUACUCCAGUCCUAUAAAGAUCUGUGUGAGAGGCAUGAGAAGGGAGUACUGCACAAACACCAGCGAGCUUUGCACAAGUACAGCAUGAUGAAGAAGCAGAUGAUGAGUGCCACUGUGCAGAACAAGGAGCCAGAGUCCGUGGAACAGCUGGAGUCACGAAUUGUGGAGCAAGAGAAUGCCAUCAUGACCAUGGAGCUGCGGAAUUACUUUUCUUUGUACUGCCUGCACCAGGAGACACAGCUAAUCCAUAUCUACCUGCCUCUCACUUCCCACAUCUUGGGAGCUUUUGUCAACUCCCAGAUCCAGGGCCAUAAAGAGAUGAGUAAAGUUUGGAAUGAACUGAAGCCAAAGUUGAGCUGCCUGUUUGUGGGACCCCACAACAUGCCAACACCACCAUUGUCACCCCCAGAGGGCAACUUCUUUGCCAAUUAAUGCUCUGAGAUCUGACACUGACCAAGUCAAAGUGCGGUCACGAGAGGGGUGUGACCUCUAUCUCCAGAUAUUAAAAGGAAUCCUCCAAACAGCUAUUUUUAUACUGCUGCUUUGAGCUGCUCUCUGACUUAUGGACAGACUGGAAACAGAAGCACAUACAGAGAGAGAGAGACAAUCUCUUGAUUUUUGUUUGUUGUUCUUUAUUUUGAAGUGCCCUGGGACACGACUGAGAUUCAUUGCCCCAGAGGCCCUCUGCCUAAGGACUGGAAGUGGCUUGGUACAUCAGGUGCUGCAGUUCAGCUGUUGCUGAAGUCCCAUGCUGCUCAUACUAACUGCCCUCUUACAGCUAUCAACACGUAUACUAGCCAAUGUGUAAAGUGCUGAGACGCACAGGAUGUCUGAAGCAUUCCUUGCUAUUUAAGCUUGGGGCCCAACCUAGAGGCAAAUAUGGGUAAGGAGAGCUGAAGGCUAGCCUCCCUUUCUCCCUAGGUUCAUUAGUUAGAUGUUUGAUUUCACAUUGCUAGAUCCACAUGCAAAACAGGGGAAAGCUUCUGGUGGGCUCUCUAGCUCUGCUGGGUGGGUCAGUGCUGGAAAUGAUGUUUCCCAGUGUGGGAAUUGAACUCAUGUCACAGGAGAGCACAGGGCAUAUUUGCUUAUGAGUAGUAGUGUGUGACCAAAGAUGACCUUGUUGAACAGCAUUUCUUAUGGGAGUCUGCUGGUCACAUGUGUAGAAAUUAGCUGAUUGAAACUACGAUACAUCCCUUAGAAAGGGAUAACUUUUCAUACUGUUGAAGGACAGCUCUGGGGUGAUCAACUUUCCUGGGAAGAGCUGGAGUCUUCACUCCUGGGUGCCUGUGUUACACGCUGGUAUCCUCAGAGGACGGCUGCCUGUAAGAGCCUGAACUGGCUAAGGCUGAUGUUCCCUCUGAGCUACUAUCAAUUGUUACAUAACCAGGACAGGACUGAAAAUGUUCAGUUCAUCAGCAAGAGUCAGUAUUUAUCAUGGUGAUGCUGCUACUCUUUUUUGGCAGUACCACCAUGAUCAUCGUCUCUUGAAGAUGAAGACAAACGCCUUGAGGUGAAGGAGGCACUAAGCUUCAAGUGAGUGAAAAGGAAACACACUUAACUAGGAAGAAUGAGCUGUCAAAUUUGGACCAUAAUUAUUUCCCUAUUCUAGGCAACUUGCCCAUUAAGGGGGCGGGGGUAUAUUCAACUUCUCUAAUUCUAGAAUUCUGAUUCUUAUAGUGUUGGCUAGUUUCUACUGCAAGAGGAACUAUGAUUGAAAUAACCAAAGUUACUUGACAUAUGUCAAUAAGCUAAUCAGUGUUCUGGUGUCUGGGACAGGCAGGGCCCUUUCACCUUUGAGAAACCACCACUGUGGAACAGGGGCUACGCUAGAUUGUCCUACAUACAACACUGUUUGUCUACACUGCAAUCAUCAGAUGUGACUGCAGCAUGUAUAGACAUCGCCAAGCUCGCUUUACCCUACCUAACUCAGCUACUGGGAGCAGUGAAGCCCUGGCAGUGCACAAUUCAGCACUUACUGUACAAAUGUGUCCAGAACCUGGGUGAUUACUUGGAUGACUAGCCCAUGCUGCUAUUGCUUCACUCCUACUCACACACAAGCUAGCUUGAUUAAACUAGCUAUGUGAACUGCAGCCACACUCUAUUAAUGCAGUGUAAACGUGCCCGGUGUGUGUAUCUUGGUGCUGGGGCUAGGGAGAGCCGUGGCUUUUGACACUCUUAAAAGGGUGAAUGUAAAAACAGAUCUUACACAGAAUGCAUUGCUUGUUAGCAGCUUAAGUGCUAACUCUUUCUAAUGCUUGCUCAGAAUGUUUCCCUUGCAACUAAUCUACCAUGCUUUGCAAGAGCCUGAGACAGGUGCUAGCGACUCUUUGGCAGAGAAUACAAAGCAAUACAGAAGAGAUUCUAUUCACAAACCAGGACAAAUUGCUAAGACCAUAAAUGUAUGUACAGUGUAAUAAUAAUCUACCAUCUUGAGUGGUAGACAGGAAACAUUUCUCCAUUUCACCUUGUUUAGACUAGGAAAAUAGGUUGCUUUAUGUUAGCUUACAUUUUAAUGUGAUUUUAAACACUAGUGCAGACAGUAUCAAUGCUUUUAAAAAUGUGUUGCCUGGUUGUGGUCAACCCCAGCUCCCGCACCCCCAGCAUAACUCUUUUUAUUUGUUUGGUAAUCAAAGAGUAGCGUGUCUACUGUUAAAUUAAACAAAUAAUCAAAAUAAGAAAAUACUGUACAUUAUCUUGGAAAAGUUUGGAUCUCCCAUAUAAUGGGGAGCUGCAUUGCCUGCAUCAGUUGUCUGAUAGAGGGUGAUUGUCAGCAUAGCAAAGAGUUGGCUCUAGUAGAAAGAAACUUUGCCCUUUACACAGUUAUAAAAAGCCUGAAAGUGUAACAACUAUUUCUAAACUCUUAAGCUCAUAUUCAAGUUAGCUGUCCAAGGGAUAACUGUUCAUUGCUGUUCUUUAAGCAGCAGCCCUUACAGGCUCUGUUUAUGGAAUUCAGUAGGAUAAUCAGGUUAAGCCUGUGACAUAUAUAAAUCUAUCUUAAAAAGAAAUGUUUCAUUGGAGUCGCUGAGUGAGAAUACAUCCAUUCGUGCAGUUGCCUUGUUCUAGCCCCUGAAUGAAGACAGGGAUGAGCAUACACUGUUUCAGUGAGGACUGCAGUUGCCUUUCAACAACAUCUGCUAAAUUUUGGGCAGCUUUCAAGAGAGAAUGAGUGCCUCGUGUUCAUAUACCUGAUACAGCCAAUGCCACAUCCUGGGGGACUGCCCUGGUUACUACUCCCUCUGUAAGCAUCUUCCUCUCAUACUGGAGUUCAUACAAGCUUUAACUUGCAAACCUAUUUUUAUAGACUUAGCCAUUCUGGUCUGAAAUCCAAAUGGUGGUGGCAUGACUACUUCCAGCAGCAGCAGAGAAGGGGCUUCUGCACUUGUAUUCUCCUCUCAGUUUAGGGUCAAUGCAGUUUGCAGAGACAGCGUCUAUUACAACUUCUCUGCUGUGGAAGAGGGCUGGGUAGAAAAGUCAAACUGACUUCAGUUCUCUGUAUGGGCCAUAUGCAAUGUAGAGGAAGCUAAAACAGCUGCUUCCAUGGUCCAUGCUAUGUUCAGACUAACAAACAGAAAUAGUGAAAACAAAACAUAAUGCAUUGAACAAGCAGUUCCCAACACCAGAGCUGGUAGGGCAUUAGCUUGCCCAAUUUUCUCUGAUGACUGGAAUUAGUUUUGAAUUGAUGUUAAGCACAACAGGAAAAGAGUUGAAGAGGGCAUGCCAGUUAGCCAAGACCUGCUGUUGCUGUGAGCUCUAGAACCAAAAAGUUAAUGUGCCUUUCUGAAUGGAAGCUUUCUCUGCACAUAUUGACCUCAUGGGGGCUUCCACCCAUUUGCGAUGUGACUUUGUAGAUAAGGCAUCCAGAUGUAUAAUUUUCAGUGCGAGUGUGUCUGCACCAGAAUGUCUUGAAGAAGCCAGGUCUGUAGAUGAAUAUGAAGCCGGAGAAGAGAACCUGACUCUUCAGUACCGAAAUUGGUCUCCUUUCCACCAAAAGAGCCAUGUAGCCUGCCUUUCCUAUUGCCACUGCUGUUUCUAUCCGGAAGGGGACAACAUGCGGUGCCUACUCUGACCAGCCGCACAGAAGGUGUUUACAGAUGGGGAAACUUUCCAAAAUAUCACUCUCUGCUCCCCUCCCCCCCCUUACCUGUGACUUGCUCAUGGGAUCACUAUGUUUAAACAGGGCCUUAUUCUCUUCUUGUCUCUGCUCCAUCUGCUCUUCCUUUUUGAUCACCCAUGGAAGUCACUGCUGAAUUUGUAACAGGCUAGCUGCACAAGUUCAGGACUGUGACUUUACUGAAAGAUGAAGCAGCAGCUCAGGUGAGGACAGAAUUCAAAAUACUGGUCUCCGCCAUAGUAGCAGAGGCAAUAGAGUGUAAUACAGAAUGAAUGGCAGGGGUACAAGGCACUAACUCUUAUCCUUUGCCUUCAAGCCAAGGCUUGCCACGUGCAUGAGGAAUGGCACUUUGACUAGUACAGACUAUUCAGAGCAGCUGGAUGGAGAUAGGAAGAAGCAGGCUUGGUUGGAGGAUGUGAAUUUUACCUGUUUGGGAAAACCCUGUAUCUUUGCUUGGCUCAAAUAGUCUUAUGUAUGAAGCACUUUAUCAAACUGCAGGAAUUAAAAAACUAUUACUACAGCUGAUAGACUGGAACUGUUUACAGAUUAUAUUACAUUCCAAGAUUCUGUCUCCAACUGUUUAAAAAAUAUGUAUUUGUAAGACAAAAAAAUACUUGUAUAAGAAGUUAA